AUGUCCAUGAAGAAACUCCUCAAAAGAUUAUAUGCUCAAUCCUUACUCAGAAGGGUAGCGCCGUACCAUCUCCGCCCUCCAUUGCUCAAUCAGCAGGAUCAAUUUGCUGAGGAGUCUUACUUGGAUCAACCAGCAUUUCAACAUUCUCACGCACAUAGUCACCAACAAACUAAGAAAUUGGGAGAGGUUUUUCACCACCACAAGCACUCAGGAGUAGUUGAACACAUCCACAAACACACGGGCCAGUCGAGUAAUAAACAUCACCAUCAUGGUGAAACAAAACAUGAUCACCACCACGAAGGUCAUGGGAAACACAGUCACAAACACAAGGGUGAAGGUAAACAUAGCCACCAACACCAUGGGCAUCAAGAUCACAGCCAUAAACAUGAAGGUCAUGGCAAACACGAACACAAACACGAGGGUGAGGAGAAGCACCUUCAUCAUCACCAAGGACAUACGGAGCAUAAACACAAACACGUAGGUCAAUCCGAGAAUCAUCACAAACAUCAAGGGAUCAGUGAGCACAAGCACAAGCAUCAUGGGGUUGGGGAACAUCAUCAUCAACAUCAUGGGGAAGCUGAACAUAAACACAAACAUCAUGGAGAAAGUGCCCACAAGCAUCAACAUUACGGUCAUAGCCAACACAAUCAUAAGCAUCACGGCAUUGCGGCUCAUAACCAUGAACAUAAGGGUCAUCAUGACCAUGGCCAUAAACAUCAUGGUCAAACGGAACAUGCCCAUAAACACAUUGGUCACCAAGAUCAUCAUCACAAGCAUGAGGGUCAUAACUUACACGAUCAUAAACAUCAAGGGCACAACAAUCACGAACAUAAGCAUCACGGCCAUACUGAGCAUAAACAUAAACACGAAGGAGAAAAUAAGCAUAUUCAUAAGCAUGAUGCCCAUAGUGAACAUCAUCACAAACAUCAUGCUCAUGCUGAACAUAAUCAUAAACACGAAGGUCAUGCCGAGCACGGUCACAAUCAUGACGGACAUUCAGUGCAUAACCACAAACAUCAUUUACAUGCCGAUCACAGCCACAAACAUCAAGGGGAGGCAAAGCACGGCCACAAACAUCUUUUCUCUGGUUUCCAUCAGCAUAAACACCAAGGGCACGCUGAACACGCUCAUAAACAUCAUGGCCAAAGUGACCAUAAACACGAACAUCAUGGUAGUGCUUCCCAUGAUCAUAAACAUCACAGUGAAAAUAAGCAUGAACACAAACACCACGGUAAUAGCGAGCACUAUCAUAAACACCAUGGAGAAAGUAAACACGAGCAUAAACAUCAUGGUUUAGCCAAUCAUAAACAUGGGCAUCACGGAGUAUCGAAGCAUAAUCACAAUCAUCACGGAAUGGCUGAGCAUUCUCAUAAGCAUAGUGGUCAUUCUCAACAUAAUCACAAACAUCAUGGGCUUGCAGAUCAUGGGCAUAAACAUGAAGGAGAAUCAAAACACGAGCAUUCGCAUCACGGUCAUUCCGAGCAUAGCCACAAACAUGAAGGAUAUGGCAAGCAUGAACACUCUCACCAUGGCCAUACGGAGCACGGACAUAAACACCAUGUAGAGGCCGAACACCAGCACAAGCAUGAUGGAAAGGGAAAGCACAGUCACGACCACCAUGGAACUGGAGGGCACGAACAUAAACAUUCACUUCAGGGAACGCAUGACCACAAGCAUCAUGGAGAGCAUGGCCACAGUCACAAACAUCACGGUCACGGAGAACAUCAUCACAAGCAUACCGUACAUUCUGUAAAUCAUCACAAACAUCACGGUCAUGCAGACCACUCACACAAACAUCAAGGAAACGCUGAUCACGGUCACAAACAUUCCGGCCAUAAAAGUCAUCACCAUGAACAUAGUGGUGGUUCUGAGCAACACCACAAACAUAACAGCUAUAGUAACCAUGGUCACAAACAUUCUACCGUCGAUGAUCAUGGAGGACUUUACGACGGGACGGAACACUUUCAAAUAGUUUCUCGACAAAAAGAGAGGUCUGUCCACAAAAAAUUACCUCCUUCGAACACAUCGAGAGCAAAUAAGAGAAGAAGGGUUAAAAGACAAAUGCCUGACAACUUUCCGUUCUUCAAAUUUGGUUCGUUUGGGUUUGACAAACUUUUGUUUCCUACAGAAAGCACCCCUAAAUCCAUUGAACCCUCUAAGUAUCACAAAGGGAAUACAGAACACAAAUCGAAAAGACAUUAUUCAGAAGAAGACAGUUCAGUACGCUCAGCAAGCUACGAAUAUGAGGACAGCAGAGAAGAAGAACACUCACACUCACGAGAAGAUGACUACUCUUACGAAGAACCAGCUAAGCAGUCAAGUGAACUUUCAGUACCAUCUAAAGAGUUUGGAAACUUUGACUUUGAUUUUUCAAGUUUCAGUUUUUCAAGAGAGUUUCAUUAA